AUGAAUUCUAGUAAACCCUCAACACCUGUGUCAUCACCAAAAGCACAAAAAGCACUUUCAAUUGUCGUACAAGAACCUCGACCACAACCAACUACCCCUCCACCACCAGCACAAAAACGUCAAACAACAUUUUCAAGUCGACAAACUAAACGACUGUCAUCUUCAUUUUUGAAUACCCCUGAACCCCAACAACAACUGUCACAACAACUGUCACAACUUUCAGUUUCAGGGGUAAGAGAUAAAGAAUUGAAUUUGGAUUCUCAGAUACCAUCACUACCGUAUACACCAUCGAGUAAACGUCGAAGUUAUGGGAUUUUUGAAUCACCAGUAGGUAGAUCUCCUUAUGGAGUAGCAUUAAGAACCCCUAGAAAUGAAGAUCAUGAUUCCCCUGAACAACGGCUGAAACGAUAUGGUAUUGUUGGAAGAGAUAAUGAUGGUGAUGAUGAUGAUGACAAUGAAUAUGAAGAUGAAGAGACACGUCACAAUUAUACUCCAAUGGGUAGUGUUGGUGAUGAUGAAGAUGAAGAGUCAAGACGAUUGAAAUUACAAAAAACCCCACAAUUCCAUUCUGCUAAACGAUUAUAUGAUACUUUAAAUUCGGUUAUGAUUAAUAAUCAAAAUAGUGCUCAUAAUAGAUAUAUGAAUGGAAUUAUAAAUAGUGGGAAUGGACAAUCAAUAAAUGAAAGUACCACUAAUGAUAGUGGUUCUAAUAUUAUUAAUAAAUCACCUAAUUUAAAAACAAAUCGACAUUCAUGGUCAGCAAAUGUGAAUUUACAAUUUUCACCAUCCAAAGCUCCACUACCACCUCCACCACAAUAUCAACAACAUAAAUUACCACCACCACCUCCACCUCCACAACCUAAAUUUACACCAUUAACAACAUCAAAUAGACAACCACAAAAUCAAGAAGGUCAAUUUUCACCACCACCACCACAACAACCACAACAACAACCAACAACACCAAGAUCAUCAUGGUCAAUAUCCUCUACACCAAUGGGAGUAGGAAUAGCAUCUUCCUCGAUAUCACCAGUAUAUUUACCACCACAAUCAUCACCAACAAAAUUAAUAAUAGAACCCAAUGAUGAAGAAGUAUCUGCAAAGGAUGCCAUAAGGAAAAUAAUUCAAAAAAAGAGACAUUCAGGUACAACAUCGAAAACUAAUCCUAGAACCACCACCACCACUACUACUACUACUACUAAUAAUAAUGCAGAUACUGUAGCAGCAGCUGCUAUGACACUAAAUUUCAAGAGUGGUGGUCAUGGUAAUAAUAAACAUAAUAGAAGCAAUUCUUAUAGUAUUAAAGAUGAAACUGAAGCAGCAUUUUCAUUAGUUAAAUUACAAACUGCAGCUGGUGAUGAUGGUGAUGAUACUGAAGAUGAAACUGAAGAUGAUAAAGAGUAG